UGAGCAAACAUUCACAUCAACCUUUAGCCUCUCUCCUUUCCUGAGUUUUGCUGUUGUUAGUUUUUCACAAACCGAAGUGCCACCUAGGACACCAGAGGGAUGGGCAGAAGUGAAGGAAGGAAAGAGGACGGGGAAGUGCCUGAGAAGGAUUGUACAGCCUGUCCUUGAAUCUACAGUGCAGAAAUCUUUUUUGUGCUUGCCAGAAAUAAAGUCUGUGUAAGGUAUCUGGAAGAAGGAGGAAGACUUGACGAGGAAAAGAAAAGAGAGAACACACACAAUGGAUCUAAAUUGAACAAUAAUGAAGCAGCGGAUGUUGGGUCUGGCCCUUUGGCUUUUAUUCCUCUUUCUGCAGCUGUUGCAGCAAGUUGGUUCAAGUAGGUGUAGCGACAACAAUUAUGUGAUCAAUGUGAUGCUCAUGCCUGACUCGGACUUCCCAUCAACUUCUGAAAAUUUGACAUCAGCUGUGGAGGAAGCCUUGUCAACAAUACAAAAUGAAUUAGAGACAGAAGGAGUAAAGGUUACAGUCAAUGCCUCCUUCCACCACUUCAGAUCAUCACUAUAUGUCUCACAAGGCUGUCGCACCAGCACCUGUGAAGGUGUAGAGCUCAUCAAGCAAAUUUUUGAUAAUGGCACUCUUGGCUGUGCUGUCAUAGGACCUGCUUGCACUUACGCUACCUACCAGAUGGUCUCAGUUGACACAAUACUGAGCCUGCCUCUGAUCUCUGUAGGGAGUUUUGGUCUGUCCUGUGACUACAAAGAAAACCUAACCCGUCUUCUGACCCCAGCUAGGAAAGUGAAUGACUUCUUCUAUUAUUUUUGGAAUGAAAUCCAGCAGCCAUUCAAAACUGGCACUUGGGAAUCUGUCUACAUUUACAAGAAGAAUGACAACUCGGAGCAAUGCCUCUGGUACAUGAAUGCAUUAGAUGCUGGAGUCACACAAUUCUCUGAAAAACUGAAGUUCAAGGACAUUGUGAGGACACAAGAUCAGUUUAGAAAACUUGUGAAAAAUCCCAAACGGAAAAGCAAUGUGAUCAUCAUGUGUGGCACUCCAGCUGACAUCAGCCAAGACCUAGGGACGGAGACAGUGGAUAAGGACAUUGUUAUCAUCCUGAUAGAUCUCUUCAAGAACACAUACUUCAGGAAUACUACCUCAGCCCGUUACAUGCAGAAUGUACUCGUCCUGACUCUACCACCAGCUAAUAACAACUUCAGCACAAGGACUGCUGACACCAGCCUGGUGGAAGAUGACUUUAUUAUUGGCUAUUAUAAUGCCGUCUUGCUGUUUGGACAUAUUCUAAAGAAAUUUAUCUUCUCCCAAAGCCCUGUGUUACCUCUCAGUUUCAUCAAUGAAUUCCGAAAUAUCACUUUUGAAGGUGCACAGGGUCCUGUGACUCUAGAUGCAUUCGGAGAUAUUGAUAACAAUUUGACCCUGCUGUACACGACACAGUCUGCAAGUGAUCCGCAGUACAGAACUCUUAUGUAUUUCAACACUCAGGAGAACAAGACGUAUGUGGUAUCUACCAGUCCGGAUUUCAUCUGGAAGAACCACAGGCUGCCUAGUGAUAUUCCAAGCACUGGCCCACACAUACUGACUAUUGCUGUCUUCACACUCGCAGGAGUUGUGAUUCUGGUUCUGAUCAUCUCUUUGCUUGUCCUGAGGAAGUACAGGAGAGAUAAUGAGCGUCGGCGGAAGAAAUGGUCCCAUAUAUCGCCUGAGAAAAUCUUGCCUCUGGAGACCAGUGAGACAAACCAUGUCAGUCUGAAGAUUGAUGAAGAUAAGAGACGUGACACCACCCAGAGACUGCGCCAGGGCAAAUAUGACAAGAAGGUGGUGAUCCUGAAGGAUCUCAAAAACAAUGACGGUAAUUUCACAGAGAAGCAAAAAAUAGAACUGAACAAGCUCCUGCAGAUUGAUUAUUACAACCUGACAAAGUUCUAUGGCACAGUGAAGAUGGACACCAUGAUCUUUGCAGUGAUCGAGUACUGCGAAAGAGGUUCCCUGCGGGAUGUUUUAAAUGAUAAAAUCUCCUACCCUGAUGGCACAUUCAUGGACUGGGAAUUUAAAAUCUCUGUCAUGUAUGAUAUUGCCAAGGGAAUGUCUUACCUGCACUCAAGCAAAACAGAAGUCCAUGGUCGGCUCAAAUCCACGAACUGUGUAGUGGACAAUCGCAUGGUUGUGAAGAUCACUGAUUUUGGCUGUAAUUCAAUUCUGCCUCAAAGGAAAGACCUGUGGACAGCUCCUGAGCAUCUCCGUCAUGCUGACGUAUCUCAGAAGGGUGAUGUGUAUAGCUAUGGGAUCAUUGCCCAGGAGAUCAUCCUACGCAAAGAGACCUUCUACACCAGACACUGCCAAGACACCAAAGAGAAACUUUACAGAGUGGAGAAUGACAAAGGAAUGAAGCCUUUCCGACCAGACCUAUCCUUAGAAACAGUGGGAGAAAGAGAGAUGGAAGUAUACACACUAGUGAAGAGCUGCUGGGAGGAAGACCCAGAGAAAAGACCUGACUUUAAGAAAAUUGAGAAUAUUCUGGCUAAAAUAUUCAGUAAUUACCACGGCCAGACCAAUGAAAGCUACAUGGAUACCUUGAUUCGACGUCUACAGCUGUAUUCCCGGAAUCUGGAGCACCUGGUGGAGGAGAGGACAGAGCUCUAUAAAGCAGAGCGAGACAGAGCAGACAGGCUUAAUUUCAUGUUACUUCCAAGGCCAGUAGUAAAAUCUUUGAAGGAGACUGGCCUGGUAGAGCCAGAGUUAUUUGAAGAAGUCACUAUCUACUUCAGUGACAUUGUUGGUUUCACCACGCUCUGCAAAUACAGCACCCCUAUGGAGGUAGUAGAUAUGCUGAAUGACAUCUACAAGAACUUUGAUCACAUUCUUGACCAUCAUGAUGUUUACAAGGUAGAGACCAUUGGUGACGCUUACAUGGUGGUGAGUGGUUUACCAAAGAGGAAUGGCAACCGACAUGCAGUAGACAUCUCCAUGAUGGCUUUGGACAUCCUUAGUUUCAUAGGAUCCUUUGAGCUCCGACACCUGCCUGGUCUCCCCGUUUGGAUUCGCAUUGGAAUUCAUUCUGGUCCAUGUGCGGCUGGUGUGGUAGGAAUAAAAAUGCCUCGUUACUGUUUGUUUGGAGAUACGGUAAACACAGCUUCACGGAUGGAAUCCACUGGCUUGCCUUUAAGGAUUCAUGUGAGUGGUUCCACGGUUGCCAUCCUGAAAAGAACAGAUUGUCGAUUCCAGUAUGAAAUGAGAGGAGAAACAUACUUGAAGGGCAGAGGGACUGAGAUUACAUAUUGGCUGACGGGUACUGAAGACAAGGAAUAUAAUCUCCCAACACCUCCUUCAGUGGAGAAUCAGCAGCAGUUAAAAGAUGACAUAGCAGAUAUGAUAACCAAAAUUCUUCAGAAAAGAGAAACCGAGGGUUUCAGGAGCAGAGAGAUUAAACGAGUAGCAAGCUAUAGAACAGGUACCCUGGAAUACUUGCAGCUGGCCAGCACAGAGAAUUCUGCUACAUAUCUUUAAGACUGGAUGAGUCAAAAACCUACAGCGGCUCCCAGGAGUACCUCAUAUAAAGGCUGGAAGUUUAUGUUCUCAGCUGGAGGAGAAAGAAAAUACCUUUCAAGGCAAUCUUUCUACCAGUCAACUUGCUAGUAGUACAUCAAACCUCUCUUCACUGUCAUGUCCAAAUUGUUAGAUGACUUCAGCAGGAGGCAUGCAAUCUGAUUCGAGAGGAAUGAGACCUGAGGAUACCUUAUCUGUUCUGGUUUGUUUUUUAAAGGUGAUAGCCUGUUCAAUAAUUCACUUCUGAAAUAUUCACAGCAUAGCCUUAAUUUCUUAUGAUUUUCAAAUGUUGUAUUUAAUUUGUAAUUUUUAUUUCAAGAAAGCUUUGCUGUAAUAUAUUUGAAUAUAACAUUAAACAUACUGUGUAAGUCCUGGAUUUUUGCCUUUUUUUUUUUUUU